UAUUCUGACAGUUCGUUCUGUUGUUGCUGGUGUAGCAAACAUCAAAAAGUAAAUAGGUUUCGAAUUUUCAGGAGCAAAAAACGCUUUAAAGUAAUAUUUCGGUGCUUUCAAACGAAUUCUACAUGUUGUACAACAUAUAACUAGUCCGCAAAACUCAAUAGGUGAGUUAGCGGCAAGUGCGCAUAAAAAUGGAGCACGGAAGCGAUUUUGCAUUAAGUGCGUUGAAAAACUUGGAACCGCUGGUAAAUCCUGUCCGUCAGUAUCAAAAUCGUUCGAAGAAACGAACGGAUCACAGUCAGAACGACGAAAAUGCUCUCGCUAGCGGUGGCAACGAAUGCCGAAGUGGUGGUGAGAAAAAACUGGCGGAGGUCCUCGCAAAAAUAGCCAGCUUGCAGCGUAACGCCGAUAGCUGUAUUGACCGCACAAAGAUGGUGCGGACGUAUAACGUCAAGCUGCGCCUCAAGAAAACAUCUCUAUAUAAAUGCUUCGACUGUGACAGCUGUUUUACUAAUGCAGACUUCCUUGAGCUACACGAAAAAUCGCACGCGGUGCUGGAAGCUGAUUUAUCUGGUCCGCGCCAGGACAUCGAUCUCAACCAGGAGCAGUCGAUUGACGAGUCGGAGAUGAAUCUCAAGCAGAAUGUUUGGUUCCCGGAGGAAUUUGACGACGUCGACCAAGACGAUGAGUAUGGAAUGAUUCAGUUGGAUUGUACGGUUGAGGAACGAGAGGACAAUUUCGAUAUUACCUUCGAUAGGAACAAAUGCGAGAAGACCUACACGGUCAAGUACAAGGUUAAGAAGGAACCUGUGGGAAAGUGUGAAAGGUGCGAAAAGUUAUUCUACAAUGUGACUUCGCUAGAGGUGCACAAAUCUGAGCACGAGAAUUUUAUGGACUUUGCUUCUGUCGAGCCGAAGAUUAAUAUCGAUUCGCCAAAAAUUGAGGAAAGUACAAUGACCCUGGAUGAUGCUUUUUAUCAAGCAAUAUCAGAGAAAGACAUCAGCGAUCUGGAGGUGAGUGAUAGCGGUAAUCAAACGUUAAACAGUUCUGCACAAAAAAAUGACCGUGAUGGCGGUGCUACCUUUACUUGCUAGUGUUUGACAGAAGGAUUCGCAAUUAACAAAAGCCAAUUACAUUAAAAUAAUAACUGUAGUGCAUUCCACUCAGAUAAUAGCAUGCUUUUGUGAAUGUCUUAAAAAAAUCAGGUUACUUUUUUCUGAAAUUGUAUCAAAUUGUUUAGUCAAUUCACACAACUGUAACAAGGUCCUAAAACAUGCUCUCCAUAUUUAGUUGUUGGAAUGGAAUACAACUUCGCUUUAAACUUUUUUAUCUUAGCGUUUUGAACUGCUGUAUUUUUCAAACUCUGCUAGAGCAAGAGUUUGGUGUUCUCUGUAAAAAAAAAGCUACAAUUAGUGCGAUCGUUCAAAUCUCAAUCAGAAGCUUCUUAGAUCAUAUCUUACAAACUGGUAGAUUGUUAAUGCUUACGAAGAAACCUGAAAGCACGGUUUUAAUUGAAAAAUGUAUUGUAGAACUUUCCAUGUGGAUGUUUUAGUUUUAUAACACAAUGUAUGAAGCCGUUCGUUUCAUGAAUAUGCAAUAAAAAGUAAAACGAA